AUGAGCCCAGCAAGCAGCGACAACCAGAAUUCGGCGCCUGGUGCAGGGUCAGCCGCCAUUCUCAACGCGGACCACGAGCUUCUCUGGCGCCCUACCGACCCUAACUCUUCCCAGACCUACCGCUUCAUGCACCACGUCAAUACCGCUCACUCCCUCUCCCUCAGUACUUACUCCGACCUCUACUCUUGGUCCAUCCAGCACCGGUCCGACUUCUGGUCCGCCGUUUGGGACUACACCGGCGUGAUUGGCACGAAAGGCACCGGACCUUUCGUUGACGAGACGGCUAGACCGGGGGACAACCCACUUUGGUUUGAGGGCGCCAGUCUCAACUGGGCAGAGAACCAGCUGAAGGGUGGAGAAGGGCGGGAUGGGGACGUCGCUAUCAUUCAGGCGCAAGAGGCGGCCCCGGGAGCGGGGUUCGAGCCGGCGAGGAGGGAGGUGAAGUGGGGAGAGCUGAGGGAAAUGGUGGGGCGAUGUCAGAGGGGGAUGAAAGCUUUAGGGGUGGAGAAGGGGGAUACGAUAGCUUUCUGGGGAGGGAACUGCCUGGAAGCGGUCGUCGUCCUCCUCGCUUGCUCGUCCCUAGGCGCCAUCUUCUCCUCCGCCGCAGCCGACUUUGGCGUUGAUGGAGUCCAUGAGCGGCUUUCGCAGAUCCGCCCGAAGCUGCUUUUCGUCACCAACGGGGUCGUCUAUGCCGAAACGGUCCGGCCGCUAUUACAGCUCCUUCCUCCUUUGCUGUCGAGCCUGGACUCCCCGCCCGUGCAGACGAUUAUCGUUGAUCACCUACCAUCGAAGUUCGUUCCCAUACCAGAUGGACUAGACGGUAAAGUGAGAGGCUGGGAGGAGUAUAUGGAGAGCGGAGGGGAAGGGGAGGUCGAAUUCAAGAGGAUGGGGUUCAAUGAGCCGAUCUGGAUCCUCUUCUCGAGCGGGACGACCGGCAAGCCAAAAGCGAUCGUCCAUCGUCAAGGCGGGAUGUUGAUCGACUCGCUGAGAGAACACGUUCUCGCCGGGGAUAUGGGCAAGCACGACGUCUACUUCUACUAUACCACACCCGGCUGGAUGAUGUUCCAAUACCUCGUUUCCGGUCUAGCCACCGGCGCCCGUAUCGUCCUCUUCGAAGGCUCGCCUUUGAAGCGUCCCGCCUUACUCUGGAACCUGGUCGACGAGCUCGGUAUCACUAUCUUCGGGACCAGCGCCAAGUACCUCGAGCAGAUCAGCAAGGUCCAUACGGACGUCAAGGGGAAUCACGACCUCAAGACUUUGCGGCAGAUACUCAGCACGGGGAGCCCGCUGCCGCCUGUGUUGUUUGACUUCGUGUAUGAGAACGUGAAGAGUGAUGUCUUGCUAGGGUCUGUUACUGGCGGCUCUGACAUCUGCUCCGUCUUUGCAGGCCGCAAUACCUCUCUUCCGGUGUACCGAGGCGAGAUCCAGUCCCGCAUGCUCGGCUUUGCCCUCGACACCAUCAGUGACAACGAUACCGACGGCGAUGCGGCUUCGGCGACUGGGGCAGAUGGGAAACCUCCGGGAGAGCUGGUAUGCAGGGAGGCAUUCCCUAUUCAGCCAGUCGGGUUCUGGCCGCUGAGGGGACAUGGGCACGAUGAGGCCGAGGUGGCGAAAGCGGAAGGGAGGUUCAGAGAGAGCUACUUCAAGGAUGAUCAGGGUGUAUGGUAUCACGGUGACUUUGUCAAGAUCACCCCAUCCCGCUCUAACAAUGCCGGUGGACUCAUCAUGCUCGGUCGCUCCGAUGGGGUUCUCAAUCCCGGUGGAAUCCGCUUCGGACCCACCGACAUCUACUCGGUGCUCGAGACGCCUGAAUUUGUCGCGCUUGGAGUGGAGGAGACGUUGGUCGUGGGGCUUAUGGUUGACGGCGGGGCGGAUGAGAAGGUCAUACUUUUUGUCAAGAUGGGAAGCGACAAGGAGCUCGAUGAAGGGCUGAUCAAGAAGAUCAAGACGUCUAUCCGGCUAGCUCGAAGUGCGAGGCACGUACCGGGCAAGAUCCUCAAAGUCAGCGAUAUCCCGGUCACGCUCACUGGCAAGCGUGUCGAGAUUCCCAUCAGAAAGGUCAUCAACGGCGCCCCGGUAUCCUCUAUCAACCCGGCGACACUGCGGAAUCCCGAGUGUUUGGCGGAAUAUGUCACCCUUGGAGAGUCGAUGCGAAAAGAAGAGGGUAUGUGA